CUCUUUGCUGCUUGAGUGUCUCUUCCCCCCUCUAACCAAACACUACCAACCUCCCCAUCCUCCACACACACACACACACACUGUUGCUUGUUGCCAUAAUUGUAUCUUUUUACAACUUCAUUUGUCAAAGGGUCAGAGAGUUAUAAUUACUUGCAAUAAAUUCAAGAACCAGAGUUUGAAGGGGUCUUGUGGUUGAAGCUGCUGUGGAAACUUCAAGAUUUGCUCUUCUUGGUUUGCUUGAGAGCCCAAAAGCGUAGAAUCUCGAGUUUCUUGCUGGAUUGGAGGUGGGGCUUGAUGGAGAUGGAAAAUGGGGAUUCCAAGCCCAAGAUGGAAGAUUACGAAAUAGUGGAGCAGAUUGGGAGAGGUGCUUUUGGAGCUGCAUUUCUUGUGCUCCACAAAGCUGAGAAUAAGAAGUAUGUUCUAAAGAAAAUUCGUCUCUCUAAGCAGACGGAGAAGUUCAAGCGUACGGCACAUCAGGAGAUGGACUUAAUUGCUAAACUAAAACAUCCAUAUAUAGUCGAAUAUAAAGAUGCUUGGGUGGACAAGGGAAGUUGUAUAUGCAUCGUUACCAACUAUUGUGAAGGAGGAGACAUAUCUGAGCUUAUAAGGAAGGCCAGAGGAGCAUAUUUCCCAGAGGAGAAAAUAUGCAAGUGGUUGACUCAGUUGCUAUUAGCUAUCGACUACCUUCAUUCCAACCGUGUCCUUCAUAGGGAUCUAAAGUUGUCCAACAUCUUUCUCACAAAGGAAAAUGAUAUCCGUCUGGGUGAUUUUGGAUUGGCAAAACUUCUUGAUGAGGGAGGUCUUGCUUCUUCGGUUGUUGGGACCCCCAAUUAUAUGUGCCCAGAGCUUCUCGCAGAUAUCCCAUAUGGCUAUAAAUCGGAUAUAUGGUCACUAGGUUGUUGUAUGUUUGAGAUUGCUGCACACCAACAAGCAUUUAGAGCAUCUGAUAUGGCUGGACUGAUCAACAAGAUAAACAGAUCUUUGAUCUCUCCACUCCCGAUUGUGUACUCCUCCACUCUAAAACAGAUCAUUAAGAGCAUGCUAAGAAAAAGCCCGGAACACAGGCCGACAGCUGCAGAGUUGUUAAGACACCCUCAUUUGCAACCGUUCCUUCUGCGUUGCCAAAAUCCAUCUACCGUUUUUCUUCCUGUGAAGUCUCCCUCCCCCAACAAGACCAAGGAGAAAACGAGAAAACCGUCGCCUGGCAGUUCUGGUGCUAGGAAAGUCUACCAGGAGAGAGAUGUGAAACUAAAACAGAAGGAACUGCUCCCGUUGUUUGAGGAAAAUACGGAUAUGCAGUAUCCCAAUUUACUGGACAGUGAUUUCUUGAUAUUAGACAAACUUGAGACGAAAAGGGUUGAUCCCACAAGCUAUUCUGGAAAGAUUUCUCAUGACAGCGAAGACUCAAAAAGUGGGGGCACGAGUUGUGAGACGACUGCUUGCAAUGGAGACGACCACGACAAUUCUGACUCUUCGUCACUUAAAGGGAGCAUCAACAUAGUGGAUGCUCUAACAGCACCACCUAACGAAUUGUCAGAAGAACAAGAGGAAUAUUCAGCCAUGAAAAUGGCAAAGUUGGAACAUACUGAUGUUGAUAGUGAAGAAAUAACGGAUGCGGAGCCUCCGUGCAGUCCCCACGUUGCUGAGGGAACGGAAAAGAAGGCUGAGGAUGCCGUUCUUGAGAUAUGCAAUAACAUGACUAAUACCGAUACAGUGUGUAGUGACAAAGUUGUGUCUCCUGUUGAAGAAAACAUUCCACUAACUGAAGAAACUGUAGAUGAUGAUGCAGAAUUAAGCAGCUCUUCGAGUCGACACGAAAACGGCGGUGCAUGUUCAGAUGUAACUCUUGACAGCGCGAUAGCUCUUGGUGCCAAGCCAGCUGAAAAUGACAAAACUGAUCUGGGUAACGAAAUGGCGGAAAUCAAAGCAGAUACUCCAACCAAAACAAAGCAACCUGAGAAGGAAGAUACACAGCUAAUAAACCGAGCAUCAGUUGAUGAUUCGUUGUUGCUUUCACCAGCUGCCACAGGCAACGACGAUGAAAGUAAGGGUGCAUGGGAAAAUCCAGGGCUGCAACGGGCGGAUGCUUUGGAGUCAUUGCUUGAGUUAUGCGCACGAUUGCUCAAACAGGACAAAUUUGACGAGCUCUCCGGUGUGCUGAAACCGUUUGGCGAAGACACCGUCUCCUCUAGAGAAACAGCAAUCUGGCUGACAAAAAGCUUGAUUAAUGCACAAAAAUUGGAUAAGGAAUCCUAGUUUCAAGAAUUGGACAUAUUUGAUCACAAGAAAUGUUCAAGUUAACAGUUCUGAUUAUUUAUUUUGGGAAAGUGUUUGGUCUUUUCUUGGGUUUGAAUGUGUAUGAUUUUGUCUGUGAGAAGAGUGAAGUUGUAAGAUUGAUGUUUGAGGAUUGGGUUUUCAGGAAACAUGUCUGAGUUCUCAUGGUAA